GACCAAGCUGUCAAAACAUGGCGGCCUCCGACUGCCUGGGAGAGACGAACGAUCUCUGACAAAGGAAAGAAAGCUAGACUUGAUCCUCCUGUCUGCAUGAGAACAUAAUAAAGCGCGCAGAGAGACAAGGUACCACCCAGAUGAAGAAGUGAGAGACGCCGACCUGCCUCCGCAGUGAUGAUCGACCCGGUUCUGGUGGAGUCGGCGACGGUGUCGACUGUGGUCCUUUGUGUCCAUGCGGCACUGUGGAACCAGCACUCGUGGUGCGCGGUGGGGCUGCUGGUCCAGGCCUUCUACUCGCAGCGCAAGUGGGACCGCCUGCUCAAGUCGGACGGCGCCGUCUUUCAGUUCCGGCCGGCCGCCGGCAGCAGCGGUGUGGUGCCGGCUUCGCUGGUGAUGCCUCUCCUGGGUCUGGUCCUGCGGGCCCAGUGCGCCUCGGCGGGUCAAGUGCACCUGGAGCGCUUCUUCAUGGUGGUGACUGUGAGCGGCAUGGUCCUAGCGCUCUUCGUGUCCUUGAUCGCGCUGGGCGUCACGCGGCCGGCGCCAGUUCACGCCUGCGCGGCGGCCGGGCUGUCGGCCGCCUCCGUGGCCUACGCGGCCAAGCGGACCCUGACCGUGUCGGAGGUGAUCGAGGUCCUGGAGGUGCUCCUGAUCUUCGUCUACCUCAGCUUGAUCGCGCUGUACCUGCUGCCGCGAUGCUUCACGCCCGGCGAGGCGCUCCUGGUGGUGGGCGCUGUUAGCGUGGCGCUUAACCAGCUGAUCAAGCGCUCGCUGAGCCGGACCGAGGCGGACGGCGGGGGCGACCCGCUCACCUAUCUGCUGCCCGUGCUGUCGGUAGGCUUGCUCCUGCUGGGCGCGCUCUUCGCCCUGCUCUUCCGCUUCAUGGAGUCGGAGACGUGGGCGUCCUCGCUCUUCUUCCACACCGUGACGGCCGUGCUGGCCCUGGGCGUCCUGGCGCCGUGGCUAUCGCUUUUCAUCGGACGCCAUCCUCUCACCUGGUUGUGGGACUUUGUCACUUUGGACCGCCGGCGUCUGGAACUGGUGGCGUACUGGGCCUUUCUGUGCUUGGCGGCCGCCGGCGUGGUCCUGCUGCAGAACCGACGGCGCCCGGCGGGCUCAGAGAAGCGCCAGGCUUCCACCACCGUGCGCAAGUACUUCCACGUCAUUGCCGUGGCCACCUUUGUGCCGGGGCUCCUCUACGACCGGCGCUUGCUGCACGUGGCGUCGGCGGGGUGCCUGGCGGUCUUCCUCUUUCUGGAAUACGUGCGCUACUUCCGGAUUAAGCCGCUUGGGACACCGCUCCGCCGGCUCCUCGCCUCAUUCCUGGACGACCGGGAUUCUGGUCCGCUUAUCCUCACCCACGUCUACCUCCUGCUGGGCAUGGCGCUGCCCGUCUGGCUUUCGCCGACGGCGUGUGCGUCAGCAGGGGCGGGCGGCCUAGCGCCCUACGCCGGCGUGCUGGCAGUGGGCGUUGGCGACGCGGUGGCGGCCGUUUUCGGCGCCGCGCUGGGCGAGCUCCGCUGGCCCGGCACCCGCAAGACUGUCGAGGGCACGGCCACCUCGGUGCUGGCUCAGGUGGCCGCCGUGGCCCUCUUGCUGAUUUUUGACGCGGAGGUGGACCUGGACGGCGCCUUCUCUUGGGUCCUGGCCUCAGUGACUUUGGUGGCCGUGCUGGAGGCCUACACCGCUCAGAUCGACAACCUGCUGCUACCGCUCUACCUGCUCGUCCUGCUCAUGCUCUGAUAUCGUAGGGAACUCGUCGGCCGCGGCACUAAAAAAUUAGCAUUCGCGGUUAGUCUUCCCACUUUAAAUGAAUUGGACGUCAAUCGUUGUUGACUGCACGCGAUGAAUCGAAUACUAUGAAAUUCAACAUGUUAUUGUGGUCAUAGGCGGAAUGUAUUUCUGUUAUUUGUAUUCAUUUUAAUAGGAUUCUUUUUGUUUCCAUUGUAUUUAUUAAUUAAAAAAAAAAAAGCAAUAAUGACUAAUAAUGUCAAAAUAAGCUUUUUUUCCUGAAGAGGUGCUUCUCAAAGAGCAUUUGGAUAAUUAUUAGGUCAACAAACAACUGAUCAACUAUUAAAAUAGCGUUAGCUCUGUGCCUUUAACAAUGAUAGCCAUCCAAUGAUGUGCUUCUUUUCAUACUGCUAUGAAUUGAAAUAAGUGUCACUCAGAGAGGUCCUAUCCAUUUGAAGUGGGAGGGCUUCCCAGAUCCGAUGGAACGGACGUCUUAUCGCCCGCCGAUCAUGGCGGCCAAUGACUUCAAAUCAUUACCUGUUGAUCAAUAGUACUAGUUAGUUGUAGAUGACAGCAUGGCAGCAAAAAAGGCCCAUUUUAAUAUCUUCCCUGAACAAGAAGUGUUUGGUUGUCAUUUUUUCCCCCCAAUUGAAUGUCACCUCCAAGCUUUGUGAUGCAUUUUGAAUCGUGUCGUAUUGCUUGUGAAAGAAAAAUAGCACUAUUUGUUGGAAAUAUGAUUUAUUAUGGUGAUGCAGUUGAAUGCAUUUGUAUGUGUGUGAUAGUACUUGCAAACAAACACCAAUUAAAGUAUGUGCUUAAAAGAAUGACUUGCGUUCCUUUUGAAGCAUUUCUAUCCGCCACCUCAUUCAGUGUAAAGAGCCGGGAACGGAAGUUUUUCGCUGGGUUGCAGCCU